AUGGAAUCUCCAAAGUCCCAGCAGCCUAUGGGGAAGGAUGAUACGGAAUUCGGAAUUGCUGAAGAUCGGCUCGCUGAAACCAGCGUGGGCACUAUGGAGGAGGAUACGAUAAUGACCACUGACGCGAAUUUCCUCACCUUGCUAACAGUCUUGGAGGAUACUUAG